AUGUUCGAUAAAUGCUUCAAGUUUUUCGAAAAGCGACCGCAGGACGAGGGAAAAGAAGAAACGACCGCCGAAACCACUCCCACGGACAAAGACAGUACUGGAUUAUGGAUGACCGCCAGCGAAGCCAGCAGUUUAGGCUACGAAGAGGUUUCGGAACGAUUAAGAGUAGAUAUUAGAAAAGGUUUAAAUUGGCAAGAAGCCACCGACAGACGGAAAGUAUCAGGGUAUAACGAAUUUUCGGUAAAAAACGGCGAUCCGCCAUGGAAGAAGUACUUAGAACAGUUCAAAAAUCCGCUGAUACUCCUCCUAUUAGGCUCUGCGGUCGUUUCGGCCGGCAUGAGCCAAUUCGACGACGCCAUCAGUAUUACAGUAGCCAUAGUGAUAGUUGUAACGGUCGCCUUCGUGCAGGAGUACCGAUCCGAGAAGUCGUUGCAGGAAUUAACCAAAUUAGUACCGCCGGCAUGCCAUUGUCUAAGAGAAGGUACUCCGGACAGCUUCCUGGCCAGAGAACUGGUACCGGGCGACGUGGUGGUAUUGCACGUAGGCGAUCGGGUACCGGCCGAUGUGAGGCUGUUCGAAGCCAACGAUCUCACGUUGGACGAGAGCUCUUUCACCGGCGAAACGGAACCGGCCAAGAAGAACACCGAUUCGGUCAUCAGGCCCAACGGCGCCCAUUCCUCGAACACCAACAUCGCCUUUAUGGGAACGUUGGUCCGGAACGGUUCCGGCAAGGGUAUCGUCGUCAGUACGGGAACGAACAGCGAAUUCGGUACGGUGUUCAAGAUGAUGCUGGAGGAGGAGGCGCCCAAAACGCCGUUGCAGAAAUCCAUGGAUAAGCUCGGCACGCAGUUGUCCAUUUACUCGUUCGCCAUCAUCGGGUUUAUUAUGUUGGUUGGGUGGAUUCAGGGUAAACUGAUCAUGGAGAUGUUCCAGAUCGGCGUCAGUUUAGCCGUCGCCGCCAUUCCCGAAGGUCUACCGAUUGUGGUUACUGUUACAUUGGCUUUGGGCGUGAUGAGAAUGGCUAAAAGGAAGGCUAUCGUUAAGAAACUACCCACAGUGGAGACCUUGGGUUGCGUUAACGUCAUCUGUUCCGAUAAAACCGGUACGAUUACCCGCAACGAAAUGACGGCUACCGUCUUGGUUACAUCCGAUGGUUAUAUAGCGGAAAUAACCGGCGCCGGUUACAACGAUCACGGGCAAAUUUUGCUCCACACCAAAUACGAUUUUCCCGACAAAGCCAGAGAGAGCAUUCGACAAUUAUUAGAAGCUGGUGCUGUUUGUAACAACGCCCAGAUUAAAGACGACACCCUAAUGGGCACCCCAACGGAAGGAGCCCUUCUGGCAGCCGCCAUGAAACACGGCAUGGAUAACAUAACGAAUCGUUACGUGAGGCUCAAAGAGUACCCGUUCAGUUCCGAGCAGAAAAUGAUGGCGGUUCAAUGCGUCGAAAAGUACGACAGCAACAAGCAAGAGAUAUUCUUCGUCAAAGGGGCCAUCGAGAAAAUCCUGCCGAAAUGCACCCACUAUAAUUGGAACGGUAAUCGACAAGCGAUGACGGACAACAAACGCGCCGAAUUCAUGGCGGAAUCGCACGAAAUCGCGAAGAAGGGCCUGCGGGUGAUUACCAUGGCGAAGGGCGAGGCCCUGCAGGAUUUAACCUACAUGGGCUGCGUGGGUAUUUGCGAUCCACCGAGGCCGCUCGUCAGAGAAGCCAUAUCGAUUCUGAAAGAGUCCGGCGUUCAAGUCAAAAUGGUCACCGGCGAUUCCAUGGAUACAGCCGUCGCCAUCGCCCAACUGAUCGGCUUGGAAACGUUACCGUCGCAAGUGUUUUCGGGCGAGCAAUUGGACAGCCUCACCGAAACGGAAUUGGACGAGGCGGUGCCCCGGGUGACCGUAUUCUACAGGGUGUCGCCGAAGAAUAAGCUGUCGAUAGUGAAAUCGCUGCAGAGGACGGGCCACAUCGUGGGGAUGACCGGGGACGGCGUGAACGACGGCGUCGCCUUGAAAAAGGCCGAUAUCGGCAUAGCGAUGGGGAAAAACGGGACGGACGUGUGCAAAGAAGCCGCCGAUAUGAUUUUGGUCGAUGAUGAUUUCUACACGAUUAUAGCUGCCAUAGAGGAAGGGAAGAGUAUAUUUUAUAACAUUAGGAAUUUCGUUACAUUUCAAUUGUCGACUUCGAUAGCAGCGUUGUCUUUGAUUGCUUUGUCCACCAUUUUGGAUAUACCUAAUCCUCUAAACGCAAUGCAGAUUCUUUGGAUAAACAUUAUAAUGGACGGUCCGCCGGCGCAAAGUUUAGGAGUCGAGCCGGUCGAAGAAGACGUCGUCAAACAAAAGGCUCGGGAUACCAAGGAGCCGAUGAUUACAAAGAAACUAAUUUUCAACGUUCUGAUGUCUGCAUCGUUCAUCAUCGGCGGCACUUUGUGGGUGUUCCAAAAAGAGUUGAGUUCCGAGGGAAUCACAGCCAGAGACACGACGAUGACCUUUACUUGUUUCGUGUUCUUCGACAUGUGGAAUGCGCUUUCUUGCCGAUCUCAAACGAAAAGCGUCUUUACAAUAGGCCUGUUUUCCAACAAAAUGUUCUUGUUGGCCGUCGGUUUGUCGGUUCUCGGGCAAUUACUAGUCGUGUACCUGCCACCGUUGCAGAGCAUAUUUCAAACGGAAGCUCUAACCGGUUGGGAUAUGGCGUUUCUUACGGCCCUUACAUCGUCGGUAUGGGUGUUUUCUGAGAUUAAAAAACUGUUCGAAAGGUAUAUGGACAGGCGUUGCAAGGGAAAAAGAUCUCCGUUAGAAUAUGUAUGA